UGUGAAAUGCCAGGAUGGAUGAAUCAAAAGCCAAAAUUAAGGUUGCUGGGAGAAAUAUCAAUAAUCUUAGAUAUGCCAGUGGCACUGGUCUUCUGGCAGAGAGUGAAGAAGAAUUAAGAACCUUUUGAUGAGAGUAAAGGAGGAGAAUGUCAAAGCUGGUUUGAAGCUUAACUUAAAAGGAAAACAAAACCAAACAAAGGUCUUGGGAAUUGGUCCCAUUACUUCCUGGCAAAUGGAGGGAGAAGCAAUGGAAGCAGUGUCAGAGUGUAUGUUCUUGGAGUCAGAGAUCUCUGCAGAAAAUGACUGUAAUCAUGGAAUUACAUGAUGCUUGCUCCUUGAAAAGACAGCUAUGCUAAAUCUGCACUGCAUACUAAAAAGCCAAGAUAUCAUCUUGCUGAUAAAGUUCUGUAUGGCCAAAGGUUUGGUUUUUCCAUCUGGUUUUGAGAGUUGGAUUAUAAAGAAAGCUGAGCACUGCAGAAUUGACAUUUUUGAAUUGUGUGCUAGAGAAGACGUUUGAGAGUCCCUUGGCCACAUAGGAGAUCAGUUUAUUCCAUAAAUAAAUUUAUCUAAGCUCUUCACUGGAAGGUCACAUACUGAAGCUGAAGUGUAAAUACUUGAGCCACAUAGGAGAUGGGACUCACUGGAAAAACAACACCCAACAACCCUUAAGUUGGGAAAGAUUGAAGGCAAAAGGAAAAGAGGUUGGCAGAGAAUGAAAUGGAUAGAUAGUCACAUGGAAACAACAUGAUCUUGGACAGACUUUGAGAGACAGAGGAGGAUUGAAGGGCCUGGGAUGUUCCAUAGAGUCAUGAAGAGUUAGACAUGAUUGAACAACUGAACCACCAACACCCAACAAACAGAUAAAGAGGUUCAGGCAGGAAUACAGUAACUGACUUGCCAAGGGUCACGCAGCUAGUCAGUGUCAGACUUUAUAAGGUCUUCUGGCUCCAGACUCACAACUUUAUCCUCUGAGCUACCUAUGUACCCGAAGAAAUCAUUCCUGAAAUAAAUGUCCAACAGAUUCCAAAAUAUAAAUAUUAGGGCUUUUUGUUCCAGCAAAGAACUGGAAACAAACUGAGAUCCUCUGCCCUCUGGAAGCCAUCUCUGUGCAUGCAGUUCCUAGAAAUCCCUGCAGACCAGCCUCCUGCCCAGGAAGAGAGAGAAAAGGUGCCCCCCCCUCUGGGAUUCUUCUCAGCUGAGCCUGCAGAAGACCUAGGCCUGGUCUAAGGAGAGAGAGCCCGGAGCCAGAGGGAAUGGCCCCUGGGAGCCACAGACCCCCACCCCAGGUCAGCAAGAAUCCUGGAAGAUCAGAGGUCACGAGGUCCCGAGGUUGACAGAGGGAGAGGUGGAAGUGAAGCGUGUUGCGUGGCUUUCUGGGAAAUGGAGUCCCCGGUGCCGCGCAUGCCCAGGAGGCCAUGGGGGCGGGGCUGUUGAAAGGCUCCUGGCUCUCAGUCUUCUUCCCCAGCUUGGUGCUCAGCCCCCCGAGCUGCGUCCUCUCCUUCCUGCUCCCCUGAGACUCCCGUUCAGGGUGAGAUCUCUGUGCCUUCCCUGGACCUGAGAUCUCUCUGUUUUCUGACAGCCAGCUCUGCACAAGCAGGUGCCAGGUAGGCCAGUGUCCACCCCAGGAGGAAAACACAAAGACAAUGUCUCUCCCAUUCUGAGACCCUUCUCCCUCCCCAGGCCAGUUUGCAGACAACCAGAGCUGGAUCCAGAGAGGAUGGCCCCAGGGACCCAGAGACCCUCAUCCCAGGAGUUGGUGACAUACAAGGAUGUGGCUGUGGAUUUCACCCAGGAGGAGUGGCGCCUCUUGGACCAUCCUCAGAGAGAGCUGUACAAGGAGGUCAUGCUGGAGAAUGUCCAGAACCUGCUCUCUGUGGGACUUCCACUUUCUAGAGAAGAUUUGCGCUAUUGCUUCCAGGGAGGGGAAUCACCAAGGAUGGUAGAGCACAAAGGUCUGAGGAACUCCUGUCUAGGUGGAGAGACCAGUUUGGAAGGGAAGAAGAUGGGUACAAAGGUGAACAUUUCUGUGGAAGAAUUUGGCCAGCAUAGAUUUGAGAGUGAUGGUGCCUGUAACUUGAAUUUGAAAGAAAUCUGUGACUCUGAGACCAAGGUGGGUAACGGUAUCUUCGAGUUUGGUGAAAUUGAAAAAGAACUCAUACCGUCUUCAGUCUUAAAUAACAGUAAGAGAAGGACUUCAUGGAAUGAAUGUGUUCAGGACAGUGAAGAUAAUAAAGGGUUUCCUCAACAACUAGAGCCCUUUAAGGCCGUGGAGAAGUCUCUUCAAAUGCAAAUGUACAAAGGUAAUCAUCUGGAAAUGGCCUUGAAUUUGAAAUCUGAUCUCAUUAGACAUCAGAAAAGUGACAAAAGUGGGAAGGCCUUCAGUCUGAACUCUAAGUUCAUUACUCUUCAGAAAAUUCACAUUAUAAAGGAAUCUGUUGAAUAUAAUGAAUGUAACAAAACCUCAUCCCAUCAGUCUUAUCUUCCUUGCCAUGCUAGAUUUUGCCAUGGAAUGAAAAGAUAUGCAGUUCCUAGUUGUGGAAAGGCCUUUGGUUGGAACUCAGAUCUUGAUAAGCAUCAGAACAUUCACAUUGGAAAAAAGUUUUAUAAAUGUAAUCAGUGUGGAAAGACUUUCACACAGAGUUCCCAUCUUGCUGCACAUCAGAGAAUCCACACUGGAGAGAAACCUUAUGAAUGUAAUCAGAAUGGAAAAGCUUUCACACAGAGCUCUAGUCUUGCUAAGCAUGAGAGAAUGCACACUGGAAAGAAACCUUAUGAAUGUGAUCAUUGUGGAAAGGUUUUCACACAGAGCUGCAAUCUUGUUGUACAUCAGAGAAUCCACACUGGAGAGAAACCUUAUGAAUGUAAUCAGUGUGGAAAGGCUUUCAAAGUAAACUCCCGUCUUGCUGCACAUCAGAGAAUCCACAGUGGAGAGAAACCUUAUAAAUGUAUUCAGUGUGGAAAGGCUUUCACAGUGAGCUCCAGUCUUGCUAAGCAUGUGAAAAUGCACACCAGAAAGAAACUUUAUGAAUGUGAUCAGUGUGGAAAGGCUUUCCCACAGAGGUCCAGUCUUGCUGUACAUCAGAGAAUCCACACUGGAGAGAAACCUUAUGAAUGUAAUCAAUGUGGAAAGGCUUUCACACAGAGCUCCAAUCUUGUUGCACAUCAGAGAAUCCACAGUGGAGAGAAACCUUAUAAAUGUAUUCAGUGUGGAAAGGCUUUCACAGUGAGCUCCAGUCUUGCUAAGCAUGUGAAAGUGCAUACCAGAAAGAAACUUUAUGAAUGUAAUCAGUGUGGCAAGGCUUUCCCACAGAGGUCCAAUCUUGCUGUACAUCAAAGAAUCCACACUGGAGAGAAACCUUAUGAAUGUAAUCAGUGUGGGAAGGCUUUCACACAGAGCUCCAAUCUUGUUGCACAUCAGAGAAUCCACACUGGAGAGAAACCUUAUGAAUGUAAUCAGUGUGGAAAGGGUUUCACAGUGAUCUGCAGUCUUGCUGCACAUCAGAGAAUCCACACUGGAGAGAAACCUUAUGAAUGUAAUCAGUGUGGAAAGACUUUCACAGCGGAAUCCCAACUCGUUGUACAUCAGAGAAUCCAUACUGGAGAGAAACCUUAUGAAUGUAAUCAGUGUGGAAAGGCUUUCACAGUAAACUCCCAUCUUGUUGCUCAUCAGAGAAUCCACACUGGAGAGAAACCUUAUGAAUGUAAUCAGUGUGGAAAGGCUUUUAAAGUGAGUUCCAAUCUUGCUGCACAUCACAGAAUCCACACUGGAGAGAAACCUUAUGAAUGUUAUCAGUGUGGAAAGGCUUUCAGAAUGAACUCCAAUCUUGCUAAGCAUCAGAGAAUCCACACUGGAGAGAAACCUUAUGAAUGUAAUGAGUGUGGAAAGGCUUUCAAAAUGAACUCCAAUCUUGCUAAGCAUCAGAGAAUCCACACUGGAGAGAAACCUUAUGAAUGUUAUCAGUGUGGAAAGGCUUUCAAAGAUAGCUCCCAUCUUGCUGUACAUCAGAGAAUCCACACUGGAGAGAAACCCUAUGAAUGUAAUCAGUGUGGAAAGGCUUUCACACAGAGUUCCAGUCUUGCUGUUCAUCAGAGAAUCCACAAUGGAUAGAAACCUUAUGAAUGUUAUCAGUGUGGAAAGACUUUCACAGAGAGUUCCAGUCUUGCUAAGCAUGAGAUAAUCCACAUUGGAGAGAAAUCUUAUUAAUGUUAUCAGUGUGGAAAGGCUUUCACAGAAAGUUCCAGUCUUGCUAAGCAUGUGAGAAUCCACACUGGAGGAAACCUUAUGAAUGUAAUCAAAAUGGAAAGGCAUUCACACGGAGUUCCAGUCUUGCUAAGCAUGAGAGACUCCAUACUGGAGAGAAACCUUAUGAAUGUUAUCAGUGUGGAAAGUCUUUCACAGAAAGUUCCAGUCUUGCUAAGCAUCAGAGA